AUGACGCUGAUUUCACCACAGAGGUUGACAAGGCGUCAAGAGCAAGAUGACGUUGACAUGAUCGCUAUAGCUGUUCUGCUGAGGAGGCGUCAAGAAAAAGAUCAAAGAAGAAGAAGACAGUUUUGGGUGCGGCCCUGGAUAGCCAGGCGAGAGUUGUUCGGCACGUAUGAUCAGCUGAUGACCGAGUUGGAACGGGAGUCUCAUGGAGAUUUCAAGGGCUACCUGCGCAUUGAGCCGGCCAUGUUUCACGAGAUGCUUAAGAGACUGACCGACAGCCUUGAGAAGACCAAGACCAACUGGAGAACACCCCUUGGGGUUGAUUUAAAACUUGCAGUGACCAUCCGCUACCUGGCCUCCGGUGACAGCCACCGAAGCCUCGCUUACUCCUUCCGUGUGACGCACAACACCAUCUCCAAAGUCGUGCGGGAGGUGUGUGCCUCAAUUGUUGAAGAGUAUGGCCCAGAGGUGUUCAGCACGCCUUCAGCCCCUGAUAGCUGGCGUGUAGUAGCUCACCGCUUUGGUUCACGGUGGAACUUUCACCAUGCGUGCGGUGCACUGGAUGGCAAACACAUUGCCAUGAAAUGCCCCAAAGACUCUGGUUCACUAUAUUAUAACUACAAGGGCUUUUUCUCCAUCAUACUCCUUGCCCUCGUCGAUGGGGACUACAAGUGGGCUGACGUCGGUGCCAACGGCUCCACGUCUGACUGUUCCGUGUCCAACAGUUCGACCCUUAGUACGGCCCUGAUGAAUAACACCUUGGGACUUCCCCCGCCCGAACCUCUACCGAACGAUGACAAGGAUACCCCGUACUUUCUAGUGGGAGAUGAUGCAUUUCCACUGCGAACAUAG